GCGGCGCAGGAGUCCAGCCCGCCCUGCCCUGCCCUGCCCUGGCCGCCCGGAGCGGCGGCGCGAUGUGAGGCGUGAGGGCCGAGGUCCCCAGGCACGCCAGCUCCGCGCCGCGCGGGCGCCAGCAUGCGCUAGCCACACGGUGCCAGCUGCUGACAGGACCAAGAACCGGAGCAGCCCAUCCCCGACCUCCAGCGCCCAGCCCAGCGCCGGGCUCACACCCCCUGCAGAAGCCGGGUCAAGGACACCAUGGCGGCCAAGCAGCCCCCACCCCUCAUGAAGAAGCACAGCCAGACGGACCUCGUGAGCCGCCUGAAGACCCGCAAGAUCCUGGGCGUGGGCGGGGAGGACGACGACGGCGAGGUGCACCGCUCCAAGAUCAGCCAGGUCUUGGGCAAUGAGAUCAAGUUUGCUGUCCGCGAGCCUUUGGGGCUCAGGGUUUGGCAGUUUGUCUCUGCUGUGCUCUUCUCGGGCAUUGCCAUCAUGGCCCUGGCCUUCCCUGACCAGCUCUAUGAUGCGGUCUUUGAUGGAGCCCAGGUCACGAGCAAGACCCCCAUCCGCCUGUACGGUGGCGCCCUCCUCAGCAUCUCCCUGAUCAUGUGGAAUGCCCUCUACACGGCGGAGAAGGUCAUCAUUCGGUGGACCCUGCUCACCGAGGCCUGCUACUUCGGGGUGCAGUUCUUGGUGGUCACUGCCACGCUGGCCGAGACGGGCCUCAUGUCCCUGGGGAUCCUGCUGCUCCUGGCCAGCCGCCUGCUCUUUGUGGUCAUCAGCAUCUACUACUACUACCAAGUCGGCCGGAAACCCAAGAAAGUCUAGCCGGCCAGGGGACCUGCCGGGCCUGGCCAGGGUGGCUGUGGGGCCGUUCCCCUUUGGCUCCUGGAAGGCAGGGGGCAGCCCUGCUCCUACCCAGCCACCCCAGGCAGCCGGUGGCCCCUUUCUUCUCUCCCGGGAAGUCCCAGAUGUGGUGACCUCUGGCCUUUGGGUCUGACGUGCCAGCUUGGGGGAGAUGGGGCCUGUGUACCCCACUCCUCACCGCACACAGUAGCACCUCCUUCCCUGGGCACUCUUGGCCCCCAGGUCCCCUGGACAGGCACCAGCUGAGGAUCGUGGUCACAGCAGCGAGGGCUGACUGGGCUCCUCCCCAGGGAAGCCCCCCUCCCGUGGGAGAGGCUGUGGGCUGCCACCCCCCUGACCCCACCCAUCUAGGGCCCGAGCAGCUGAACCUGACUUCUCUCUGUGCCUGGAAAAGCUGAGAACCUGACCCUGGCCAGUGACCCUCAGUCCAGGCCCUCCUGCACCUGAGCACGCAGCCCCGCCGAGGGCCAGGCGGGCGGCUGUCUCUGAGCUUCCUACGAGGAUGGGCCACCUGCCGCUGGACGCUCUGGCCCCUCCCCAGGCCUGGUCCACCUGGGUCUCGGGGGCCUUGCUCUGGGCACUCUGCCCAUGUCCUGUGUACACAGAUGGACACACGGACUCGUAAGCUGUGGGCUCAGAAACGAGGAAGAAAACACUUGGUAUCUCCUUGUCCCUUGGCAUGUCCUCCAGGUCUAGUGUCCCCUGUCCCACCCCCUGUCCCCCGCUCCUUCCCCAGGGUGCUGCUGCCUGGCCCCUGGCUGCCCCUAGCGUGGCUGGGUGGGGCUCGGUGCCCCUCAGGCUCUGCAGGGGCAGUAGUAGCUUUCCAGCCUCCUGUCACCUCCCCCUCCUCCCCACAUCGCCCUGGAGACGGCUGUCAGUGGCCCCUGGAGCUGUAGGGCCUGGUCUGGUUCCUGCGGGCCACCGUCCUCUGCCGUGUCCUGUUAGUCCUCGCCCCCGCCCCUGCAGCACACAGGCUGCCUGAGGAGUGGUGGCAAUGUCCCAGGGACAGGUGUGCAGAGCCCCAGCCCCGGGCCAGCCUGCCUCCCUUCUGGGGACAGCAGGGUUGGCAGUAGGUGAGGUGGCCUGCAGGUGCGGUCAGUCCAGCUGCUGCCACAGAGAUGGUUGCAGGUGCCCCUCUGCCUGGGGACCCUCUCCUGCCCAGUCUGUGCCUAGUGUCCCUGCAGCCACACACCCGGUGGCCUGUGUCCAGCAGAGUGGUGGCUGUACCCGGUUACGUAGCUGAGGAGAGGGGCCUGCUGGUGGCUGGGCUGUGCUGCUGGUCAUCAUGGCCUGGCGGUGUGGGAGGGCGCUCUGAGUGGGCACCCUCCCCAGUCAGCUGGCCCUGGCCCUUGGGUGUCCCACCUCCCACCUCCUGCGCUGAGUCUGGAGCCCGGGCCUAGGAGCCCCUGCCACCCGCUGCCGCCCAGGGAAGGUGCCCCCGCCUGCAGCCGGAGCUCCGCCCUGUCUGCAAGGACCUUUGAAGACCCAGCUGAUCCCCAGUGGUGACAGCUGGCCUGUCCUCCCCAUAGCUGCUGGACAUGUGGGUCCCAUCCCUCUGGGGAGACGGAAGCCCUCGCUGCAGUCAGGACGCCGUGGCAUCUACAUGGUGGGGGCCACCGGUCGGAGACACUGGGCUGCGGGGUGCGGAGGGCAGCCGGCCUUGCCCUGGGGGUGGCGCGGUGGGUCACACGGCCCUAGUCACACAUCGCACUGAGCCCGGGGAGCCGGGCGAGGGCGCGGCUCACAGGAGGUCUGUGUGGCUUGGGGGCAGCAGGUUGGGGGGACAUCAACACGGGGAUGACGUGUGGCUGGGAAGGAGGCCAUGACAGGGCAGGGGGUGGGGGCCCCGGGUCUCAGGAGGGAAGCCGGGGGCGUCUGCCUUCGAGCUGGGGGUACCUGCAGCCCCUGCCCUCCAGCCCCGCCCGGCCCAGGCCCCUCCGAGUCACCCCCAUUCUUCACGGUCACUAUUUAUUCUUUGUUCCUUUUUCUUUUUGUAAGAAACAGUCACAAAAACCAGUGCAAAACCCUC